AUGGGAACUUUGCACUAUUUUACUGUAAGACUAUUCAAUACUGCAACUGGAAUCCUAUCAAAAUCAAAUUAUCUAACCAUUGCUGAGGUUAAAAACGACCUUGAUGAAGAAAGAGCGACACGAUUCUCUGCAUUUUUAAAUCCUGAUUUUAAAAGAAACAUAUAUCUCCAGUUUAUCAACAGACAUUCUAGCCUACAGAUCUUGAAACCACAGUCGCAACAAUUACUGCCUCCAAAUGAUUACGUUUUUUUCAAGAGUUCGAAACUCUGA